GUACAUUCUCCCCCUGCAUUGCAGGUAGUUACAGACCAAUAAAGAAGCAUGGAACGAAACCGCGCUUCUUUAUCCGCACGUGAAGCAAUACGACGAAGAAUUUCGCAUGCGCUAAGUUAAAAUAGUCCCCUCUAACCCUUUACAAAUCGUCUCUUUUUACCUCUUUUGGUGGAUGUUUUGUUUCGUAAAAUCUAAUAUAUAAAUUCCUUUCGAUUUAAUUUCAUUAUUAAGAGUAUUUAUUUUAAUUUCGAACCGCGGAUGUAUACAAUUUUGCGAGAGCAGCUUAGUAGCAGUCCCAAGUAGAAAUAAUUUUAUCAUUCCAACAAAUCUUUCGGCAGAGCGAAUUAAAAGCGGUUGUCCAUUCCAACUUGGGCUUUGGUACUGCAAUUAUUAUAGUGUAUAUUAUUUUACAUUUAAAAAGUAUUGUAGCCUACAAAAUAGCGAAAAGAUGGCAGAUCAGUUGACAGAAGAACAAAUAGCAGAAUUCAAAGAAGCCUUUUCCCUGUUUGAUAAGGAUGGUGAUGGAACAAUCACAACAAAAGAGUUAGGAACUGUUAUGAGAUCCCUCGGACAGAAUCCAACAGAAGCAGAGCUUCAAGAUAUGAUUAAUGAAGUAGAUGCAGAUGGAAAUGGAACAAUAGAUUUUCCUGAAUUUCUCACGAUGAUGGCCAGGAAGAUGAAGGACACAGACAGCGAAGAAGAAAUCAGGGAAGCUUUCCGUGUCUUUGACAAGGACGGGAAUGGUUUCAUUAGUGCUGCUGAACUGCGUCAUGUGAUGACAAAUCUAGGUGAGAAACUAACAGACGAAGAAGUGGAUGAAAUGAUCAGGGAAGCUGACAUAGAUGGAGACGGACAAGUUAACUAUGAAGAAUUCGUAACAAUGAUGACAUCAAAGUAAAAGGAAAGAAAAAGCAGUUCAAGAAGUUCAGAUCUUUUUACCUCUUCUAUUUUAAGGUUCGUGUAUUAUAGAAGUUCAUCAUAUGAUGUUGCGCUUGUAAAAAUUUUAUACCAUGUUCUCAAAAAUAAAUAAAAAUAAAAGACAAGGACUAGUAGACGUGGCGAUAGUUUUACGUUCCUUUUCACCUUCUACUACUGUAUGUGAACUACACACAUUCCAUCAACAAAAAUGCUAAGAGUGAAAUCUUGCAGCUUCUUUACACGUGCGGCUGUAAGUCUUAUUCUUCACAUUGCACGUUAUUAAUCAUUUUCAAUAAAAAGUUCUGUCAAAAGAGA